AUGGAGGAUUUAUCACAAUCCGAGAUAAUGACGCAGCUGCGUUCUACGAUGAAAGUAUUCGAGUCUCUUCGAAAUGAACACAAGGCUACCCUAGAGGACUUACUAAAUGGAGGCGGGUCGAACGGCCAACCAAAGUCGCCGAAAAUCGAAUCGUUAGAAUGUUUCGUAGAGAAGAUUGAACAGGCUCUUGGAGACGGAAAUGAACUCAUUGUUGUAUCCGAUUACGUUCAAAGUGCUGAGGCCGAAAAGCAGAGGCUGAAGGCGCAGAGCAAACGUCUCUUGCUGGAGAAUGCGUGGUUGAGGGAAGAACUAGCAACUGUGCAGGGCUUAUAUCGUCAGAGUGAGGUUAAAGUUGUGAAUCUCGAAGAAGAGAUCAAACACCUAAAAUUCGUAAAUGAAAUUAGUAAGUACGACUCACCUGACCAGAGUGGCCUGCCUGGUAAUGAUGCUGGAGCCAAAGACGACAAAACAUUGAACCUCGACGAGAAGGAUGAACAUGAUCAAGAUGUUAUGUCCUCAAGUCAGACAACUGUGAUGUCCCAAAUCAUUAGCAACUACGAAAUCCCAGCAAGGUUGCGUACACUGCACAACCUGGUCAUUCAGUAUGCUGGUGAGGGCCGUUACGAGGUCGCGGUUCCCCUUUGCAAACAGGCACUGGAGGAUCUGGAGCGAUCAAGUGGUCGUGACCAUCCAGAUGUUGCGACCAUGCUUAAUAUACUCGCUCUUGUCUACAGAGACCAAGGAAAGUACAAGGAUGCAGCGGCUCUUCUGAACGAAGCUUUAGUUAUUCGUGAAAAGCAUUUAGGCCCUGAUCACCCAGCCGUUGCCGCCACAUUGAACAACUUAGCAGUUCUUUAUGGUAAGCGUGGCAAGUAUAAGGAAGCGGAGCCGCUUUGCAAACGGGCUUUGGAAAUAAGGGAAAAGGUCCUUGGGUCUGAUCAUCCUGAUGUUGCCAAACAGCUGAAUAACUUGGCCCUUCUAUGUCAAAAUCAGGGCAAAUAUGCGGAGGUAAAGAUUUGUUCAAUGUUUCAUGCCAACAUCCCCAUCUCCUGCUUUUCUAAGUGA